AUGUAUAUCAAAAUGAUGAAUACAACAGGAGAAAUAAGAAAUUUAUGCUUAAAUAUUUUAAAUUCGGUUAAGAAAAAGUGUGAUGAAGACAUCGAAUCCAAUGAUGAUAAAAAAAAUUUGUGUGAAAAUAAUUCAGAUAUAGUAGAGAAAAUGAAAGGUAAUUAUGAAUAUAAAGAUGAUAAUAAUAAAGAUGAUAAUAAUAAAGAUGAUAAUAAUAAAGAUGGUACUAAUAAAGAUGAUAAUAAUAAAGAUGGUACUAAUAAAGAUGAUAAUAAUACAGAUGAUAAUAAUAAAGAUGGUAAUAAUAAAGAUGAUAAUAAUAUAAAUAAUAAUAAUAACAUUGAUGAUAAUAAUAUAUAUGAUAAUCUUAUGGAAACAAAAGGUGAUAAGAAAAAAUACUACAAAUCCAAAAAAAAUGAUCAUCAUCAAUAUAAAGACAUAAACAAAUUAAACAAAGAAUCUUCUUUAAAUAAUAAAAAAGAAGAAAAGUAUAAUAGUACAUGUGCUAUUAUUAAUAAUAAAGGGAAAGCUAUAUCAAAAGGUAAUGGCAAAUAUCCCAACGAAUUGAUCAAAAAAGAAUACAAUAAAAAGAAAAAUGAAAAGAACAAAAAAAGUAUCGAUGAAAAUAAAAAACAAAAUGAUGAAAAUAAAAAACAAAAAUGUGAAAACAAAAAAAAAUGUGGAGAGAGCAAAAAAAAAAGUGAAGAUAAUAAAAAAAGUAAUACAGAAAAUAAAAAAGACGUUAAAUAUAAUUAUUAUAGUAGAACAAAUUAUUUUGUUCCUAACGAAAUGAAUGGAAACAUAUUUAAAAAUAAUUAUACACAUUUGGAAAAUAAGAAUGAGUUUGGAAAUUACAUACCUACAUAUAUAUCGAAUGACAAUAAGAAUAUGAAUAGAAGUAAUAGGAAUGAAAAUAAUUUAUAUUUGUUAAAUGCAGGAGAUGAAGAAAAGUCAUCAUAUGUAUAUAAUUAUGAAGAGAAAUUAAAUAUUUCUUGUAGAUUUUUUAUACAAGAAUCUAACCCAUACGAAUUAGAUAUAAGAAUGUUAAAAGAAAAUUGUCUAACUGUUUUUGAACUUUUAUAUAGAGAGAAAAAAAAGUGGUGUUCAUUAUAUAUAUCCACAAUGAAUGGACCUAUGUCUAAUUUUAAUUAUCAUUUGUUUAAGAUAUUAUGUAGCAAUGAUGAAAUAUAUAUGUAUUUCUUCUUGUUCAAGAAAUUUAUUUUUUCUUGUUACAUAUAUUUUAAUUUAGUAAGUAUCCAAAUAUAUUCUAAUUUUUCGAAUAUUGAAGAAAGCGAAACAUCCUCCUAUGGUUUUAAGAAUCUAAUAAAUACAAAUGUGCAAGGAACAAAUAAUAAAAUUGACUACAUUUCUGCAGAUAUUCAUCAUCAUCAUAAUAAUAAUAAUAAUAAUAUGUCAUCUAAUAGUCACAGUGUAUCGAAAAAAAAAAAGAAAGAUAUCACCUAUGAUAUAAAUGAACAAGGGGAAAAUAAAAUAGAAGAUGAUAUAUUAAAAAAAAAAUAUAAUAAAUAUAUAUCCCCAAAUUUUUUUAGUAAUUCAACAAAUAUAUCAUCAGCAUGUAUUAAUAGUUAUAAUAUGAAUAAUUUGAAUGAAGAAAAAUCAUAUGUGUCUAAUACGUUUACAAAUAAUCAUAAUAAUUUAUGUGAUACUACUUGUGAUAGAAGAAAUAAUAUAUAUUUGAAAAAUAUGAAUAAUUUUUCAAGCACUAAAGAUGAAGAUGAAAAGCUAUUAAAUUUUAUUUAUGAUCCUUCAAAACAUUUAUGUGGUAACAGAAUAAAUUAUUGUUCAAGUUAUUUUCAUUUUUUUGAUAAAAAUCAAGAAGAUAUUAAAAAAAAGUUACAAUUAUUUAUAAACACACAUUCACCUACUAUGGUAAAUAUUACAGAGAAAUGGAACAAUUUUUAUGAAAAUAAAAAUAAAAUAUAUUCAUUUGUAGAAAAAUAUAAAGAUAUAAAAGUUUCGUCGAUUGAUCAUUUUAGGAAAGACACGACAGAAAAGUUUAUAAGUACUUUUAUUGAAACCUUUUCUUAUGUAAAUCGUGUUAGUUGGAAGGAUCAAAAUGGUGUAGUGGAACACAACAAUUGUAAUGAUAAUGAUAAGGAAAAAGAACAAAAUGGACCACUAAAGCAGGAUAAUAAUGAUAAUAAUAAGGAUAAUAAUAAGGAUAGUAAUAAUGGUAAUAAUAAUGUUAAUAAUAAUAAUGAUAAUAAUAAUGAUAAUAAUAAUAAUAAUGAUAAUAAUAAUGAUAAUAAUAAUAAUAAUGAUAAUAAUAAUGAUAAUAAUGAUAAGGAUGAAAAAAAAAAAAAAAAAAAAAAUCAAUCGAAUUACUACCAACAACACAAUAUAUGUGAUGAUCAUAAAUCAUUAUAUGAUGAUGUUAAAAAAAAAGAUGAAGAACAAAAUUGUAAUACACAACAGGAUGAAAAGAAGGAAGAAAAAAGUGAUACAUUAUUAGAAAAUCAUGAUAAUCAAGAAAAUAUAGUAAAAAGAACUGAUGAGAUAAUAAAUGAAGAAAACGAUGAUUAUGAUAAAAAAAAAAAGAAAAAUUUCUGGAAUAUAUUUGAGUUAAUUAAAAAUGAUACAUAUAAUAAUGAUAAUAAUAAUGAUAAUAAUAAUAACAAUAACAAUAACAAUAACAAUAACAAUAACAAUAACAAUAACAAUAACAAUAACAAUAACAAUAAUGAUAAUAAUUAUGUAGAAAGAAAAGAAAAUAGUAGUAUAAGUAAAAUUUUGGAUGAAAAAAAUAACUUAUCAAAUAAUGAUCCAAUAGAUAAAAGUGUGGAAAAAGAUAUUUUCACAGAUCAAUAUAAAACAAAUAAAAAUGGAAGUAUAAUACAAGAAAGUGAUAAUGAUAAUUAUAAUACAACAAGGAAUGAAGAAAUUCAUGAGGAUGAGGAUGAAGAAGAUGACGAUGAAAAAGAAGAUGUUGAAAAAGAAGACGUUGAAAAAGAAGACGUUGAAAAAGAAGACGUUGAAAAAGAAGACGUUGAAAAAGAAGACGUUGAAAAAGAAGACGUUGAAAAAGAAGACGUUGAAAAAGAAGACGUUGAAAAAGAAGACGUUGAAAAAGAAGACAAUGAGGAACAAAAAGAACAUCAAAUUGUUGAGUCUUCAGAAAAGAAACAUAAAAUAAUAUUAAAUAAUAACACACAUAAUGGAGAUAUAUCCCAUAAUGAUAAUAAUACAUUAUAUAAUGUAGGUAUAGGUAUGUUUAAUAAUAAUUGUAGUGAUAAUUCAAAUACUAAAGAUUCUCUGAGCUUAAUGAUUUCGCAUAAAUCAUUAACAAUGGAUUUGAAUGAAUCUAUGGAGGAUGAAAAAAAAGAACAAUCUAAAGAUUACAAUGAGGAUAAAAAUAAUAAUAAUAAUAAUAAUAAUGAUAAUUUAUGUAGUAAUUCCUUUGAUAAUAUCCAUGUUAAGAUUAAAAAAGAGAUAGUUGUAAAUGAUGAUCAAAAUGAUGAUCAAAAUGGUGAUCAAAAUGGUGAUCAAAAUGAUGAUCAAAAUGGUGAUAAAAAAAACAUGUCAGGUGGUAAUUUUCAAAAUGAUCCUAGUGACAAAUGUAAUAAUGAUAAUCCUUCAUUUAAUAAUAAAAAGAAUUAUUUUCCAAAUUAUAUUAUAUUAAACAAUUUAAAUAUACUCAUUACAGAUUUAAACGAAUUAUAUGAUUAUGUAGAAAAUGGUAUUGAUAAAAAUUUAUUACGUCAGAAAAAUAUACCCAUAGAUUAUUGCUUAAAAGGAGAUGAAUCCUUACCUUUAGGUGUAUUACCUAUGGAGUAUGAACAGAAUGAUAAGCAUCAUCAUCAUCAUCAUCACCACCAUCAUCAUCAUAACGUUUUUGUAGUAGAGCCUACAACAUGUAGUAAUGAAUUAUGUAAAAGAUAUAAUAAUUUAUCAAAUAUUAAAAAUAAGGAGAAUGAACAUGGGAAAUGUAAUUCAAAUUGUGUGAGCAGAAAAUGUUACACAAUUCAUCAUAAUGAUAAAGAAAUGGUAGAAAAAAAUGAGGAAAAUAAAAAAGAUGAAUGUUGUAAUUUUGAUAUGAUGUCUACUUUGGAUUAUCAACGUUUUUGUAGAGUUUGUUCAGGUAUAGAAUAUGAAAAUUUUGAAAGAAAAAUAGAUUAUACAAAAGAUAAUAAUUAUAAAGUACCUGAAGUAUUUAUUAACGAAAGUGAUUUUUUUUGUAAUUGUAAUAAUAUGAAUGUAUUAACAACAAAUAAUCCUAAUUAUAGUUUUAAUAAUACUAAAGGUAGUAAUGUUUAUGAUGUAGAUUAUAAUAAUAAGAACUUUUUCAAUGAUAAGUCCUAUAAUGAUAAUAAUAAUAAUUAUUAUAUCAACAAAUUUAAUGAUAUUCACAAAAUGAAUGAAGUAAUUGCACAACAUUGUUUUUAUAAUGAUGAAUAUAAAACACAAGUAGAUGAUAAAAAAAGAAAAUUAGGUGUUCAUAUAGAUAAAAGAAAUAAUAAUAAUAUUAUACAAAACGACGAUAUGAAUAAUGAUUAUUACAAUGCAUAUGUAACAAAAGCUAAAACUAAAUUCUGGGGUUUUGAUAACAACAAAUCAUUAGAAACUAAUAAAAAUGCAGCACUAAAUAAUAGAGAAUUAAGAAAUUCAAAAAAAAAUAAAUUACUAACCAAAAAUAAUCAAUCAGAAACAAAUAAAACGAAUAAUAAAACAACAAAGAGCGCAAGCACUAUUGAAGGCAAAUCACCAAGAGUUAAAAAGUUAGAAAAAUUUACAAAUGUUGAUCAAGAAGAAUUAAGGGAAGUAUUUGGACCUACAGGAGUGUCAGGAGUAUAUUUUGAAAAAAGCAGAAGUAGUUGGACGGCUCAAUAUAAAGUUAGUGGUGGUAAAAGAAGAGCAAAAAGAUUUCUUGUAACUAAAAAUAUGUCAUAUGAGGAAAUAGAAAAUGUGAAACAACAAUGUAUUGCUUAUAGAAAACAAAUGGAAAGAGAAUAUAUUAAGGAAUUCUUAAAUGAGGAAAAUAAAAAAAAAAUUAAUAAUUCAGAAAAUGAUCCACUCAACACAGACGUGGUUUCUACGGGGGUCAAAAAAGUUAAGAGAAAAAGAAAACUGAAAAAUAUUUAUGAAGGUUAA